AUGGACGGAACCGUCCUUCGCUCUCAGAUCGCCUUGAACGUAUACCUCCUCCGUGACGCCGUCAAGGUCGAGGGAGAGGGCAUGGACAUCAACCUCUCCCGCGACGCCGACGGCAAGUACACCGCCUGGGUGUUCAUCAAGCUGCCGGGCGGAAUCCCCCAAGCUCAUAUCAAGGGCGCCGUUAGCGACGACGCAGAAUCCGCCCUCGACUUCGAGAUGCAGGCUCGCACGGAGUUCGGCGAGGGCAGCUUUGUCUUGACCGCUGUGCUGGACCAACUCCCGCAGUAUCAGCAGCCAGAGCAGCCAGAGGAAGAAGGCGCGUGA